AUGUUCUGGAAGCUCGCCUCUCUCUCCGCCUCCUCUCCUGUGGAUUCGAUACUAGACAAGGAGAGUUACACAUUGGAAGAGCUUCUUGACGAGGAAGAAAUCAUUCAAGAAUGCAAAGCUUUGAAUAGCCGUCUCAUUCAUUUUUUAAGGGAUAAAGCUCAAGUGGAGCAACUCUUGCGUUAUGUUGUUGAAGAACCUCUGGAGGAGGACGAUGCUGAUUCCAAACGUGCUUUCAAGUAUCCGUUUGUCUCUUGUGAGAUAUUCACUUGUGAAAUUGAGGUUAUUCUUAAGACUCUGGUGGAGGACGACAAGCUGAUGGAUUUACUAUUCUCCUUUUUGGAACCAAGUCGUCCUCAUAGUGCGUUGCUGGCUGGCUAUUUCGGCAAGGUUGUCAUAUGCCUUAUGAUCAGAAAGACUGCAGCACUUAUGAACUAUAUAAAAGGGCAUCAAAAUGUGUUUAGCCAAUUGGUUGAUUUAAUUGGAAUAACAUCCAUUAUGGAGGUUUUGGUUCGCUUGGUUGGGGCUGACGAUCACGUCUAUCCCAAUUUUCCGGAUGUGAUGCAAUACUUGGCUGAUAGCGAUUUACUUGAAAUGAUUGUGGACAAACUAAGUCAAUCAAGUCCUCCUGAGGUCCAGGCAAAUGCAGCAGAAACAUUAUGUGCAAUCACUCGAAAUGCACCUUCAGCUUUAGCUACAAAACUCUCGAGCCCUGGCUUCGUUUCAAGGAUAUUUGGUCAUGCUACAGAAGAUUCACAUUCAAAAUCUGGCAUUGUUCAUUCACUUACUGUGUGCAUCUCUCUGUUAGAUUCGAGGAGAUCUGCUGCUUCAUCGUAUUUCUUCAAUUCUUUUAGAGGUCAACAUAUGUUUGAAUCCCCCGCUCCAGUGUCCCAGGAAACUAUUGGUGCAAUGCUACCAAAGCUUGGUGACAUGCUUAUGCUUCUGAGUGUAGCGUCGGACAGCAAAGUAUUACCUACAACGUAUGGAGAGCUGAGACCGCCUCUUGGAAAGCAUCGUCUGAAGAUUGUAGAAUUCAUUGCGGUUUUGUUGAAAUCUGGAAAUGAAACUGCUGGGAAAGAAUUAGCGAGCUCUGGGACAAUAAAAAGGAUCCUUGAACUAUUUUUCGAGUACCCAUACAAUAACGCUCUGCAUCACCAAGUGGAGAGUAUUAUACUCUCUUGUUUGGAAAAUACGAGCGAAACAAUGAUUAACCAUAUCCUUAAAGACUGCAAUCUGAUAUCCAAAAUUCUUUCAUCAGACAAAGACUCGGUUCUUUCUGGUGAUAAUCUGCCUACCGUAGCUGCCACUGGGAAAAAGGCACCAAGAGUUGGAUAUGUUGGACAUAUCACAAGACUAUGGAAUAAACUUGUCCAGUUGAGUGGUACCAGUGUCUUGAUAAAGGCAUCUCUUGAGGAAAACAGUGAAUGGAAGGAGUGGCAAAGUAGCGUUCUGCAAGAGCGCAACACUGUUGAGAAUGUGUACAGAUGGGCAUGCGGGCGCCCAACCACACUACAAGAUAGAACAAGGGAUAGCGAUGAGGAAGACAGGGAUUACGAUGUUGCAGCUCUGGCCAAUAAUCUGAGCCAAGCAUUUAACUACAGAACCUAUGGAAACGACGAUAAUGAAGAGGACCAAAAUACUCGUGACAGAGACGAUACUGAUGCUUACUUUGACGAUGAAUCUGCUGAAGUAGUAAUUUCAUCCUUGAGACUUGGAGAUGACCAAGGAAGCUUGCUCACAAACUCGGACUGGUUCACAUUCCAAGACCACACGUUCAGCGAAGACGUUAACAUGAACGGAAACUCAAAUGCCAACAAUAGCAGCAGCAGUAGCAGCGACGAUGAAGUUAUGGUUGGAGAAGAAGACGAUGAUGAUCAAACCGAGAAACAGAAGGACAUCAUCUCUCCUGACAAAUUAUCAACAUCAGAGAGCAGCUAUGAAUCAUCUGAAAUGCAAGUCACUAGCUCCGGUCUGAGCCCAUCCAUCGAUGUACCAAUGCUGGAAGCGGAACCAGUUAUUGCAAACGGUUCACCAACAUCUGGAAGCAGAAGCUCGCCUCCUCCUCCGGGGGUGGUAAGAGCAUUGUUUGAAGAGGAUGUGGAGUUUGUGGGAGUGGAAGCAGAAGGGACAGAGAAAGCAAUGGAGCAGGCUUUGAAAGAAGGGAUAGUUGGUGAAGCUGGACCAUUGAAGCGUAAUAUCGUUCAGAAAGUUUCAGAAAACGAAAGCCAGAAGGAAAACUCGGGAGUGAAAGAGUUCAACGAUGCAAAUUUUUGGAGGGUUGAUCAAGAAGUUGCAGUUUUGGAGUAAACUAAAAGUCUGCAUUUUUAUCAGAUUUUGUGCCUGCAUAAUGUUUGUUAUUUUAUAUGAAUUGAUUUAUAUAAACCGUGGUUGCAUUCCAUCAUUCCUUUUAUUUUGCACUCAAAAAUAAUUCCUAUUUAACUCAGGAAUUUUCUCUGUUGUAAUUGGAAUUUAUCGUCAUAAAAUCAUCAUUUUUUUUUGUUUUCGACA